CUGUUGCGUCUUACUGCCUUGUUGGGUGUAAGUAGUGUUUUUGGUCUUUCUCUGCGUUCACCAUGUCGGAGACCGCGCCGCCCGCUCCAGCUGUUUCCACUCCUCCUGAGAAGGUUUCAGCUGGCAAAAAAGUGAAAAAGCCUGCAAAGGUUGCAGCUGCCACGAAAAAAAAGCCCGCGGGUCCUUCGGUCUCGGAGCUGAUUGUGCAGGCCGUUUCCUCCUCUAAGGAGCGCAGCGGCGUCUCCCUGGCUGCGCUCAAGAAGGCGCUGGCGGCCGCCGGCUACGACGUGGAGAAGAACAACAGCCGCAUCAAGCUGGGUCUUAAGAGCCUGGUGAACAAAGGCACCCUGGUACAGACCAAGGGCACCGGCGCCUCAGGCUCUUUCAAGCUCAAUAAGAAAGUGGCCUCUGUGGAAGCGAAGCCCAGCGCUGUAAAGGUGGCAGCGAAAACCAAAGGAACUGGCGCCGCUAAGAAGCCCAAGAAGGCCACGGGGGCGGCUGCUGCUAAAAAAGGAGUCAAGACUCCAAAAAAGGCUAAGAAGCCCGCGGUGGCAAAGAAGUCCUCCAAGAGUCCUAAGAAGCCCAAAGUUGUGAAGCCUAAAAAAGUAGCUAAGAGCCCUGCCAAGGCCAAGGCUGUAAAACCCAAAGCGGCCAAGGCGAAGAUUACCAAGCCAAAAACAACUACCAAGCCCAAGAAGGCAGCACCCAAGAAGAAGUAAAAGUCCCGGUUGGAAGCUCCUUACACUAACCCAACGGCUCUUUUAAGAGCCACCAACACAUUUCAGGGAAAGAGCUUUAGUACGCAGAUCUCUUUUCUUAUAUAAACUUAGUAAACUUCAUCCAUGCAAAUAUAGUGCGUUCCCAAGCUAGCCUUUGCUCUACAUCAGGAUCUUUUUGAGGUUUAGAUAAGUUCUGAGUCUUAGAAGCUGGGUA